CAAAACUCCUACCGUCCAAACCAACGCGUGGGCUCUACUACCUUCAACCAUUCGCACACUAUUUCGAUCGCUUUAUCUCCCUCUCCCUACCUCUCUCCUUCGGUCUCUCGCACAGCUCUGACUCUGAGAUGCUCAUUUCCUGAUACCUUCGCGUUGCCAUUGGUUUAAACCCUAAAAUUUGCGCGAAUUCUUCGUCUCUGAGGAUCGGUUUCCAGCUCGGAAAUGGUGGCCUGUACACGAAACUACCGAGGAGAAGCAUUGGGGUCAUUGUAGAGGGAUGACAUUCACAUGAACCCAAUAGAGGGGUUAAAUAUCUCGUUCAGUCAAUAGCUAAGCUACUGAGAACUUGUGAGGGGAAUUAUCUAUGCCUGGAAACGAGAUUGGAGAUAGGAUCCACAAUUUCUUUGGUCAAGAGACUUCUUCCCCGGUCCCACAACACUCGCAAAUUGCUGAUGCAGCCUGGCCUGGGAUGAGUGCGAAUCCAUGGGCUGGAAGUCAGGGACAGGUUGCCACACCCUUCAUAUCUGAUUUAAGAAAUCGCAGUUUACAGCAAUCAGUGGCUGAUUAUGGGAGAGGAUAUGGUGCUCAGUCAUCAACUGUGCAUCAUGAUUUGAGCUUUCAACAAUCAAUUGAAAGAACAGAGCAUGCUAGAAGUCAAUCGCAAGAUCAGCAACCAACUAUAAAUGGCUACUUUCAGGGUCAUCAGGGUUUCCAAACAAGGCAGAAUGAGACAAACUUUUUGGGAGUUGAUGCAGAACUUGAUCGGCAUAAUUUAACACCAAAGGGUUUUUCCGCAUUCGAUUCCCAUCAAGGAAAUGGCCCUGACUUUCACCAACGAAAUUUAUUAAGGAUGGACUCUACUGAAUCUCCAGUUAAUUUUGAUUUUUUGGGAGGUCAGCAUCGGAUGAGUCCCCAGCAUCCUGGAAUCGUGCAAUCUCUUCAUAGGCAACCUUUGGGGAUUGGGGAUAUGCAGCUGCUGCAGCAACAAUUGAUACUCAAGCAAAUGCAAGAAUUUCAGAGACAGCGACAGCGACAGCAUCAGAUGCAACAACUACAGCAGCAAGAAUCAACUAGGCAACUUAAUAUUUUGAAUCACAUGUCCUCUCUCGGAAAGCAUGCGCUUGUUAGUCAGUCCCAAUCUAUGAUCAAUGGAAUUCCUGUACAGGAUGCAUCUGGUUAUUUAUUGCAGCCUCAGGUGAUUGCGGCUAACACAAACUGGCAACAGCAUAGUAUGUCUCCAGACAUGCGAGGCUCAUCUAGCGGGCUUGGAUUUUCGUUGGAACAAAACCAAGCACUUCACUUGAUGGAUAUGGCUCCACAGCAUGUUGAUCAAUCUCUCUAUGGUGUCCCAAUCUCUGGUACAAGAGUUGCUUCAAGUCAUUUUUCACCCAUCCAAAUGGACAAAGCCCCUCCCCAGCAGAUGUCUAGCAAUAUUAAUUCCCUUAUAGUUAAUCAGUAUACAGUUUCAUCAAACCAGGUGAAUGAUCAAGAAGGAACGUCGGGAUCGAGACAAGGAUGUCAGCGGAGAAAUGUGACUGGAAGAGUAGAUACUCAAGGCUUGGACAGUGGAGUUAAUUUAGAAUGUCUCCAGCAAGUGAAUUCCCGGCAAAGUAGUGUGUCAACUCAGGAAUUCCUUAGGAGGCAAGAUGGAGAAGUUCCAUCAAUAUCAUCAAAGGAGAAGUCUGUUAAUCAGGCAGUGUCUUCUCAGAAUGCCACAACACUAGAUCCAACCGAAGAGAGGAUUUUGUAUGGGUCAGAUGAUAAUUUGUGGGAUGUUUUUAGCCACAGCGAACAUGUGGAUUCUGGAGGUUUGAAUACGGAGAGUACGGAGGCACCUGGUGGUGCUUUGUCAUUUUUACAAAGUGGAACUUGGAGUGCUCUUAUGCAGUCAGCCGUAGCAGAAGCUUCUAGUGUGAAUGUUAGCGCACAAGAGGAAUGGAGUGAUCCGGAUAGCCAGGGUACAGAACCUCAAAAUGGAAAUCGGCAGAUCCGGACUGUAAAUGAUUCUGGAAAACAGCAAACAGCUUGGGCAGGUAACAGCUUUCAAACUGGCUUGACCCUGAAUAAUCCCUUCCAUCUAUCACAUGAUAAUACAGGUACAAACAGAAAUGAAAUGCAAAGAGUUAACCGUUCUGGGGUGAGCUCUGCACACAAUGUGAGUGAAAAGUCGCAGAUAGAUUCUUUUCGGAAAUUUUCUCAGCAGUUUGUAAAAAGUAAUACCAAAUGGCUUGAUGGGAGCCAUCAACAAAAGGCUGCUGUUGAAGUGAACCAUAAUCAUGAAAAGGUUGUUCAUUCUCCUGUUGUGGAUUCAAGUGCAAAGAACACAUCCCAUCCCUGGGCCAGUCAGGCAGGCUCCACGCUGCACAAUCCAAUUGGCCAAUCAUUCAUUAGACAAAAUGGUUGGAACUUCAUUGAUUCAGCAUCAUCUAAUACAGGCUCAGCUUUGAAGAGUCAAGGGAAUCAAAAUCCUUUGCAAGCUCCCUCAACAAAUGAUCUAAAGAGCUCAAUAGGAAAGAACAUUUGGAGAACUGACUCUGUUUCCAACUCAGCUGUUGGGACAGUCUACACUCAAUCUAGCACUGGUAGUUCCGCAGUCAACACAGCGGAUUCUAGCAGGAAUAAUACUCCAGAUUUCAGCAGUAUGAUGCUCAAUCAAGAUAGCAGCCAAGAUGUUCCUCAACUAGGCAACAAUAUUGAUGUCUGGAAACAUGUUGAUCCAGUAACAAAUCAUAAGGGACGUGAGAUCACGGGUAGCCGUUCGCUCAGUAUGGAGAAGGCCCAGGGAGUGUUUGAAUCAUCUGGAAACAACAGUCCAGGCAAUGGUGCUGUCAAUGCUCGUGAAUUAGAUAAUUUGAGUGUGAGACAGCAGGCAAUGGAUAGCUUCACCAAUACAUCUCACAAUGUCAAUGCAAGGAGAAGUAAUUGGAAAUUUCAGUAUCAUCCUAUGGGAGAUGUAGAUGUUGAUUCUGACUCAUCACAUGCAACAGCACCUGGUGCUCGUUCAGAGUCUGCCAUGCAAAGGAUUUCCGGUGGAUCAAGAGGUCAGGAAGAAGAGCAAAUUGGACAAUCUUAUUUCACUAGUCUCUCUAGUUCCCUUGAUAGAGGUGCCCAUAACUUCACACCAAACAAGACACCGAAGGACGCAAAUGCCAAUCAAUCUGUAAAUGAGUCAUUUGAUAAGUUUGUCUCCCACACGAAACAGUCAAAAGAGUCUGUGGAUGAAGUGCGAUCAAGUCAAUCUGGGCAAGUGUUGGUGCCUGACACUUCCAGGGGCACAACAUGUAAUGAUGUUGCUUCCUCUGCCGAGGUUACCCGCCUUGGCAACUUGCAAAGCGAUACGGAUUCUGGGCAUCAGUUUCCUGUGCUAGAAGCUUCAUCUACUUUCCAGUCCUAUACUGGAUCUGGCUUACAACAGGAUGGUGCUUCAAAAACGUCUUCAAAAAUGAGGACCACUACAUCAAGCAAACACCAGUCUUUUGGUACUCCAACUUUCCUGGCCUCGUCAAAUGCAUUUGAGUCCAAUAUUCAAUUAAACAGCACUAAAGAAACCACUUCCUGGUCUCAGAAGCUAGAAUAUCAGGCUCCACAAGGAAGAGGUAGCAGUCCAUCUGCAUCUGGUGCUACUUCUGUGAAACUUGGAUUUACUGGUAAAGACCAGCUGGAAAAAGAUCCGAGUCAGCAGAUUCUACCGGUUAAUGAUUUUACCAAGAAGAUGAGUCCCUUGACUGGGAAAGAGACUAUCAUAAAUCAUGUUGGUAACUUUUAUGCUUCAUGCGCCGUAAGCACUCAAAUGGAUAUUGCAGCUUUUGGACGCUCGUUGAGGCCCAAUGCUUCGUUGAGUCAAAAUUACUCAUUGCUGCAUCAAGUUCAGGAUGUGAAGAAUAUGGAGGGAGAUCCAAGUGGUAGAAGUUUGAAGAGAUCGAACGGAUCUGAUGGUAGUGUUGAUCCUCAGUUAGCUGCUUCUGAGGGUGGGCAGCAGCUGAUUGGACACGCUAACACUGUCAGAGGUGCAUUACUAAACAAUGCUUCUAGUUCUCCUGAUGAUCCAAAAGCAGUUGGCUUUUCUGGGAGACAAACAGACGUGCAUGGGCCGAAUCUUCCUUCUCAGGACAUGCAUGAGUUUGGUGGGAACAGUUCUAGAAAUUUUGCGGAUAGCAAUGAUGGGGUUACUGGUAAAGGUGACCUUUCUCUGAUCAGUCCCCAGAUGGCUCCAUCAUGGUUUAAUCAGUUUGGCACCUUCAAGAAUGGACAGGUUUUAUCCACAUAUGAUGCUAGAAAAGUUGCCGCCAUGAAGCAUGCAGAAUUAGCUCUAAGUGGUGGCAGGUCUUCUAAUAGACUGCCUAUUCCAGGUCCAUUAGAGGCUGGAAGAACCACUGGCGAUGAUGCAAAUCAGCAUGACCUAGUUAGGAUAAGUUCUACACCACUAGUUACUGAGGAGUUUUCUUUUCCUCAAUUGUCACGGCCUGACUCUGUUGAUAUGAGUUUGUUUGUGGUAAGACCAAAGAAGCGCAAGAGUGUCACAUGUGAUCUUGUUCCAUGGCAUAAGGAAGUGAUAAAGAUUCUGCAUAGGCUCCCGAAUAUAAGUUUAGCAGAAGUGCAAUGGGCAAAGGCAGUUAACCGUCUGACUGAAAAGGUGGAAGAUGAUGGUGAAAUCAUAGAUGAUGGGCCGCCAGCCAUUAAAUCAAAGAAAAGAUUGAUAUUGACGACACAGAUUAUGCAGAUACUACUUCAACCUCCUCCAUCGUGGGUUAUGUCUGCUGAUGCAACUUCUCAAUAUGAUAGUGCUGCUCAUUGUGUUGCUCGGUUGACACUGGGAGAUGUAUGUAGUUCACUAUCUAGCUCUGCCAGUCACGCUUCCCCACCUUCCAAAAGCAGCAACGUAAUACCCGAGAGGCUCAGAAUGUCUAAAAGUAAAAGUGAUCAAUACUUCUCGAAAGUUAUGGAAGAUCUCAUCGAGAGAACAAGAAAGGUGGAAAGUGACUUGCUGAGGUAGUUUGUUGGUCUCCUCAGUCCUUUGGUUGCUUGAACUGAUGCCUUACGUAGUGUGUGGUCUGUUUGGUUAUGGGCUCUCGUGUCGUAGUGUGCUAAAAUGUGAUUUUGAGCUUAUCUUCUCUUUCCUUUUCUUGAUAUGGUCCGUCUCUUUGAGAUCGAUCCUCUCAAAACUAGUGACCCAUGAGGAUGUUAUUUUGUACUUGUCUUGUUUGGACCAGGUUGCUGGUUACCUUCUGUGGUUUUGUUGGAGUUGCAGAGCAGGACAGGGUGCCCACAUGCUCGUGGCUUAUCAGAUUUUGAAUUUACUAGUCAUUUUAGUGUCAGCAAUUUCGGGCUGUUUUCCAUGGUCAUCCUUGCAUCUUAGGUCGUACUUGCUGUCAUUCCUCCAGUUGUCUUGAGGUUCUCAGUUCUCCAUUUCUGUGCUGGUGGAGUGGUGCAGUGUGAGUGAGACCGAGCGUUUAUGCCUGACAUCUUAUGGUUUUCUUUAUUGUGGCAACAGAUUGGAUAGGAGCAUGUCUGUGUUAGACUUGAGAGUAGAAUGUGAAGAUUUAGAGAAGUUCUCUGUCAUCAAUCGGUUUGCUAAGUUCCAUGGUCCAGGUCAAACAGCAGGUGGAUUAGUAGACACUUCAUCCUCGGGUAGCGCUUCUAAUGCACAGAAGGCCUUUCUUCAAAGAUAUGUUACUGCGCUUCCCUUCCCUAAGAAUAUCCCUGACAGGGUACAAUGUCUUUCACUUUGAUAUUUAUUUAUUUAUUUAAUUUAUUAGUUUUCUUCUCUUGCCUCUUCUCUUCUUCUCUGACUGCAACUCAUAGCAUUCUGUGACAUAGAACAUGGUUGGGAAUGUAGGAAGCAGAUAGUAGAUUUUCUCCUCAUAAGAGAUGGAGGCUGUUAGAUUUGUACUAAUUAAUCUAGGCUGUUCAUGUCACCCUGAUAUGUAUAAUAGGGAACUGUGGUUCGCCUUCAUCUUUUGGCGGACUGUUGGGAUGUGUAGUUUGACACUUUGGCUUUUAGCCUAGUGCGGAGAAGAAGAUAAUAGAGAUGAUCCAGACGCUACAUCUAGCAAGUAGCAUAGUGAAGCGCUUUAAAAGCUUCAUGUAAAAAGGGUUCGUUCACUUUUGAUAGAAACUUGCAUUUUAGUAUUUUGAUUAAUUGUCGGUUUGUUACUAUUUCGGAUUAUUGGGACUAGUUCGGGGAUUGGAGAAUAUUUUAUAAUUCGGGUAGCAGUAGGGAAUUAUUCAUUUUUAUUAUAUAAACUGCUU